AGGCAACUGGAGCCUGUCGGUCAGUACUUCCUUGCUCACGCACGCAGGAAGCGUCACGGCCGCACAUUCUCUGAGGAUGAACGCAUCGAGGCCGAACGCAACGUGAAGCAAGUCGAGGAGGUAGAGGAGGAAGAGGCUGAUGAGCCCGAGUCGGCUGAGCUGCUUAAAUCUGAUCCCAAGAACUGGAAGCAACAAGAUCACUACGCUGUGCUUGGUCUUAGCAAGUAUCGCUACAAAGCUACCGAUGCGCAAAUCAAGAAGGCUCACCGAAAGAAGGUCCUCAAGCACCACCCUGACAAGAAGGCUGCAAGUGGAAAUGUCAACGACGACUCCUUCUUCAAGUGCAUUGCCAAGGCCCAUGAGAUUCUGUCAGACCCAGUCAAGCGCAGGCAAUUCGACUCUGUCGAUGAAGGUGCAGACGUGCCCACACCAAAGAAGGGUGCAAAGGACUUUUACAAGUCAUGGGGCCGUGCAUUUGCUGCCGAAGGUCGUUUCUCAACCAAGCAGCCGGUUCCUGUUCUCGGCAAUGCAGAGUCCAGCAAAGAAGAGGUGGACCAAUUCUACAACUUCUGGUAUGACUUUGACUCUUGGAGAACAUUCGAGUAUCUUGACAAGGAUCUACCAGAUGACACAGACAACCGAGACCAGAAGCGCUACCAGGAAAAGAAGAACAAGGCCGAGCGUCAGAAGCGCAAGACUGAGGACACCGCCAGAUUGCGCAAGAUGGUGGACGAUGCGCUUGCCAUCGAUCCACGCAUCAAGAUGUUCAAGGACAACGCCAAGAAGGCGAAGGAGAAGGCCAAGUGGGAUAAAGAAGCCGGUGCUCGUGAAGCAGCUGAGAAGGCAAGACUCGAAAAGGAGGCGGCAGAGAAGAAGGCUGCUGAUGAUGAAGCUGCUGCCAAGCUUGCUAGGGACUCCAACAAGAAGGCAAAGGAGGAUGCCAAGAAGUCUGCCCGUAAAGACAAGAAGACUGUCAAGGGCGCACUUAAGGAUGCCAACUACUUCCAUGAUGGCUCAGACGACGCACCCAUGGAUGUGGUAGACAAGGUGCUGACUGAGGUCGAGGCCAUGAUGGAGAAGUUCGAGGGUCUUGAGCUUCACGAGCUUGCUGAGAAGAUCAGUGCAGCUAAGGGUGACAGGUCUCAGAUCAAGGCGGCCUUCGUAGAG